UGUCGGGAUAAAUACCCAUCCACCUCUCUCUUCCUUAGCCCCUGUUCGCUUUAGAUUUUGACUACUCUGUCUUCAGAUCAGAUCAGACUUGCGCCGACUUCGUUCUUUCCUGCCAUCUUGAGCUGGUAAGCGGUUCGGGCCUACCGAUGGGUGACACCGGCGCUUGGUCGUCAUCCGUGGUCGUAAUUUACCUUGCUGGGGUUUGGUAACUUUAGUUCCUUAUAACCCUGCUUUGGGGGUCAGAGAGCGGGAGAGGUGAUGAAAAUAUGACUUCUUCGGGUGUUGCCAAAGGGCGAUACUUUGCGGUAAUCUUGGAGAUUUUUCUGGUGACGACCUUUUCUCAGGGCAUCAUUCGAUCUCUCGGAAUCUUUCAGGGACAGCUCCAAGCAGACAUAGGACUGACGACAUCCGAGUCGGGACUUGCGGCGGGUUUUGCGACCGGAUUCGUGUUUUUCUUCGCUCCACUUGUGUCAUUGGUUUAUCGGAUGCUGAGAAACCCAAGACCGGUUACCCUUGUUGGAGCUUUUUGCACGUCAUGUGGAGCGAUUUUCUCUUCUCUUUCUCCAACCCCGGUCAUAUUUUGUCUGUGCUUCGCUUUAUUCGGACUAGGCAGCUCAGUGGUCUUUGUAUCAUCCAUUUUGACCCUCAAAGGGGUUGCAAAUGAUCGAUUCCACGUGAUGUAUGGGAUAGCUACAUCCGGAUACGCGUUUGGUUCUUUGUUUCUUCCAAUUACAGCUGAAUAUUUACAAAGUAUCUACGGCUGGAGGGGGGCUAUGUUGAUACUUGGGGCACUAUCCGGGAACAUGAUUCCGUUCGCAAUCGCACAAGGGCCCUCUUCUUUUCCGGGUGAACAAGAGAGUGAAAAUUGUCCCUUGACCGAAGAAAGUGGAACGGAAACUGGGGUAUACAGCUUUAGUAGCGAAUUUUAUUCGGAUUCAUCAUCUGAUUCAGCAGACGAUGACAUGUCAUCAACUGACAAUCUUGAUUCAGAAAAGCUUCGAACAAGAGAAAGGUUGCAGAUGAGUUAUGAAGAUGAGAUUGACGUUGACAGUGAUCAGGGUUCGACUGGCACGUAUAGCCUUAGAUUGACAGAUCGAAUGAAAGAGAUUCGAAUGGGAGAGCAUACCACAAUGUCCUACGCAUCGGGAAAAGAAGCUAAUUAUAAGACUGAUAAAAGUAGACAUCAAAGAAUGGAAAGACGUGGGUUCUGCACCACACUUCAUGAAACCCUGAGCUCCUGUGGAAGUCUUUGGGAACCCUGCCUGGUGACCUUAACAUUUUCAUACUUUGUGAUGGGUAUAGAAGUUGCAGGUUGGCGCUUCUUAUUCGUCCCCCGAGCCAUUGACGGAGGUCUGUCACUACCUAAUGUCCAUAUCCUAGACCUGACAGUGGCCUCUGCCACGUUUAUCAGCCGUCUCACACUCGGCUUCGUACUCCGGAAAUCUGGGAAUACGACGACAGUUCUGUUGUGCUUGGUGAUCAUAGAAGAAGUGUCCAAGUUCCUCGACGUCUUUGUUCCCCAGUUUCCAGUGAUGCUUCUCUGCUCCUUUCUAUCCGGGAUCGCUCUGGAAGCGAUGGCAUUCUUACCGGUCAUUCUUGGUGCAGAACUCUUGCUGGUACCCGAAAACUUCGAUGUUCUCUUUGGAAUCCUCGAGAUGUUGCAAGGAGUGGGAAUUUUAGCUGGAGGGGCCAUUUCAGGUCUCAUUGCUGGUGAACUUGGAUACAACCCAGCCUAUCUCGCUCUGGCAACCACCAAUGGGGUGACUUUUCUAUUGGUCAUUAUCCUCAAGCUUUGUGAAAGGAGGAGGACAGGAACGUCGUGAUACCAGACGGGAUCACCCUCUAAGCGCUAGUUUUAUAAAGGAGUUGCGAUCAAAUGCAACUCAUAUACCGCCCUUUCCCACGGUAAAGCAAA